AUGGCUUCGUCAAAAUUAACCAUUUCCCGCUGCAUUCUUUACAUUGCCAUUUUUGUAGAAAGGGCCGCUGCGGUCGACCUUGUUGAGCUUCUGGCCGUUGAUUGCAGACCAUCGAACAAUUUUACCGCCGGGAGUAAAUACCAAAACGAGUUGAACAUUGUCCUGAAUUAUCUUCAGAGAGCAACUCCUGCAACAGGGUUCGCUUUUGAAUACGUUGGGGAAGCAAAAACUGGUAGUGGGAUAUAUGGCCGAGCCCUCUGUAGAGGAGACAUUUCAGCUACGGAAUGCAAAACCUGUAUUGAUGCAGCUAUCACGGAGCUUCGCCAAAACUGUACUUUCAGGAAAGUAGCAGGUGCUUGGUAUGAAGGCUGUUUUGUGAAGUACAGCAACCAGGACAUAUACAGCAAACUUGAUCGCGGAAGCUGUUUUCGAAAGGAGAAGUUAAGGUCACACAAUCAUCAGAAACUCUGUACGGGUUGGUUCAGUGUGCUUUGGAUAUUUCCGCGGCUGAUUGCAAGACUUGCUUUAGUGAGCUGA